AUGCAUUUAAAUCAGUUUGUUGAAACACCCAUCGAAGAACAGAAUAGAUGUAUAUUUAUUCCGAAUCCCAAGUUUGAUGUAGAAGCCUUCCGCAAAGCAGCCAAAUUAUUUGAAGGCUAUCAUGAUUUUAGAACUUUCAUGACAAAAUUGUCAAAAGGAUCUCCUCCAGUCCACACAUUGAGAUACAUACAUGAAGUCUCGAUAGAGAAAUCAACUAGCACCAGUUUGCCUUUCAAUAACGCUUCCAAUUAUUUUGACUACUGGGAUAUAAAGUUUAAGGGAAAGUCGUUUUUAUAUCGACAGGUGAGGCGCAUGGUAGGAGUCUUAUUAGCAGUCGCACAGCACAGAAUAACUGAACAAGAUGUCAUUACGAUGCUUCAAGUUCCCUCACCAUAUUCCUGGUGUACCAGUGUAAGAUCAAUGCCACCUCAUGGUUUGUACUUAUGUGAUGUUGAGUAUCGUGAUGAAGAUUUGAUGUUACCUCUUGAUUAUAUAGAAAAGCAUCAAAAUUCAAAAGAAAUUUAUGAUACAGCGAACUUGCGGCACAUUAAAUAUUAAAUCGAUAAAAGUAAUUCAGAUAAAAACAGUUGUUAAAAAUGGAUCGUAAAUUAAACCCUUCCCAACGUUCGGGUAAAUCUAAAUUAUCCCACCAUGCAGGAGAUUUGUUUGCCUUGGGUUCCAAGCAGUCGUCAAGCUCUUCCAAAGAUAUUUCAGA